AACGGAAUGAAUCCAUGAGCUUUAGCCAAAUGUAAAAACGUGACAUCCUAUUUAAUAAAGCUUGAUCUUACAUCGAGUUGAUGAAUUGUUUCUUCAUUACAAAUCACUCAGUUACUCUGGACACAUUCAACUUCGGUAUCCUUUUCUUUAUUGAAACCUGUUUCUUUGCCAAAUUCAGGUGGUGGAAAUCAGCAAUAAACCUGUACAAAAUUAGAAUUUCUUCUCCCGACCAUGUCAGAGUCAACGACCACUACCUCAGCUUCAGCAUCUAAUGUACCAUUUUUGAAGGAACGCAAUCAGAACAAGGGCGUUCGCAAGCGCAAUCUUUCUGACGAUGAAUGGGCUGAGGAAGACAACAGUAAUUCAAUUGCUAAUGGCCACUACAACGCUAAAAAAGCACUACAGACCACACGUACUACUCGUUCUGGACGAUCACCAUUGACCGCAUUGAAGGUUAACAUUUCAUCGAAGCCUCUUCUUGUCAAACAACCGCCCAGUAACAAAUCCUUACAGACACUUGGAAAAAGGUUCAAAGUACCUACAUUUACAGAUCCCAGCAAAGCACCAGCACCCUCGAGAACAGGGGCAUUCAACCUCGGAGUAAAGCGAAGGCCUCCAGUAGAGGCCAAAUCAGCGCAUGAUUACACUAUGGAGGGAUCGAUCAUUCUUUAUGACCCUGCAUGGGCGCAACUAGAUGAGGCUCAACGAGAAGAAGAAAUGCUUCUCGAAGCUUCACAGGGAAGCGCAAGUACCGAAGGAGACGACACAACGCCCCAGGUCAUCAUACCCAAGAAAGAGAAGGCCAAAUACAAGUCGAUAGCAGAAAUGCUUGGGCUCACAAAAUCAAAAGAACUUCCUAAAGUUCAUGUCGUGGUCGACCCUAUUCUAGGCAGAGUUUUGCGGCCACAUCAGGUUGAAGGAGUCAAAUUUAUGUACAAAUGCACCACAGGAGCUGUAGUACCAGAUGCAUUUGGGUGUAUUAUGGCGGAUGAAAUGGGACUUGGAAAGACACUGCAAUGCCUCACGCUACUAUGGACAUUACUAAAGCAAUCUCCGGAUUUUGGCAAAGGAACUAUUGAAAAAUGCAUCAUCUGCUGUCCAUCAUCGUUGGUGAGGAACUGGGCGAAUGAGAUCAUCAAAUGGCUAGGCCCUGGCAAGAUUGGGGUCAUGACCUGCGACGGCAAGGGCACCAAAGAGGAUACAACUAAUGCCAUGAAACAGUGGGCAUCGGCCAGGCAGCGCAUGGUUGUAAAUCCUGUCCUUAUCAUCAGCUAUGAAAGUUUGCGAAUGUAUGCGCCUAUUUUAGCACAGACACCUAUCGGGUUAAUGUUAUGUGACGAAGGUCAUCGCUUGAAGAACUCGAAUUCACAAACUUUCGUAGCGUUAAACGAGCUGAAUGUGCAAAGACGUGUUAUUCUCUCAGGUACACCCAUUCAAAAUGACCUCUCCGAAUACUUUUCACUUAUCAAUUUUGCGAUCCCAGGGCUGUUGGGGUCAACAACUGAGUUCAGGAAGAACUAUGAGUUGCCUAUUCUUCGUGGACGCGACUCCGAGGCAUCUGAAAAAGAGCAAGAAAUUAGCAACCAAAAGCUUACUGAGCUUUCAGGGGUGGUUAACAAGUUUAUUAUCAGGCGCACAAACGAUAUUCUGUCGAAGUAUUUACCUACCAAAUUUGAGCACGUCGUCUUCUGCAAGCUGUCGCCCUUCCAGCUAGACCUAUAUAAACAUUUUAUUAACUCUAAAUCAAUUCAGAAGCUACUUCGUGGACAAGGAUCACAGCCACUAAAGGCAAUUGGAUUGCUAAAGAAGCUGUGUAAUCAUCCAGACCUGCUGGAUUUGCCUGAUGACUUGCAAGGAUGUGAGGCGUUGCUCCCGCCAGAUUAUCAAACUAAGAGCUCCAAGAAGCCGAUGUCGCGUGGGGGCAUUUUAGUACAACCAGAGUUUUCAGGCAAGAUGAUGGUACUAGCGCGCAUGCUGGCCAAGAUUAAAAAGGACACAAAUGAUAAGAUUGUGCUAAUCUCGAACUACACACAAACCCUGGAUAUCUUUGAGAAGCUCUGUCGGCAGAACCAGUAUGGGGUGUUGCGAUUGGAUGGAACCAUGACUAUCAGCAAGAGGCAGAAGCUUGUCGAUCGCUUCAAUAACCCCGAUGGCAACGAGUUCGUGUUCCUGUUGAGCAGCAAGGCAGGAGGAUGUGGACUCAACUUGAUUGGAGCAAAUCGACUUGUUCUUUUUGAUCCCGACUGGAAUCCAGCUUCAGAUCAACAGGCGCUAGCACGUGUGUGGCGCGAUGGUCAAAAGAAAGACUGUUUUGUUUAUCGAUUCAUUGCAACGGGAUCAAUUGAAGAGAAAAUCUUCCAGCGGCAAUCACAUAAACAAUCGCUCUCGUCAUGUGUAGUGGAUGAAGACCAAGAUGUAGAACGGCAUUUCUCACAGGAAAAUUUGCGCCAACUCUUUCAGUUCAAUGACACGACUGAGUGCUGUGAUACACACGAGACAUUCAAGUGUAAGCGGUGCGUGGAUGGACGCCAAGUGAUGAAGGCAGCACAGGUAUCUUAUGGCGAUACUUCCACAUGGAACCACUUCAAGGGCGACCACGAUCUUAUGAAGUUGACAGACCCGUUACUCAAGGAGGAGGCUGACACAAAUGCGGUCUCGUUUGUAUUUCAGUACAUUUCACAUUAGAUGUCUGUUUUUUCUCUAUCUUCUGCAUACUAUUGUCCUCCAUUGUUGUAUCAAAGCUUCAUGAUUAUUUUGUCUUGUAUUUGUAGAUUGUUGCUGUGUUGGUCAUCCUCAAUGAACUGACUUUUUAGAUACUAGUCAUUGGCCUUUUCAUUUCUCUGACAGCCUUUAAUAAAAAAAUAGAAAAAAAUAGAAAAAUAAAAAAAU